AUGUAUGAUAGGCCCAGUAGCUGUUGGGUGCGAUUAGCUUUGCAUCUCGUCGCUGCCGACAUCGCAUGGACCAAUCGAGGAAGAUCGCGGCCAUUACAUCGACCUCCACCCGAGCAUGGCAAGGCUUCCGUCAUUCUUCUUUGUCGUUCCAUGGCGUUGCUUUGCGCGACGCUGGGGCUCGCUGCAACCAUCGGCGCCGUCGCCAACCCAAGCGUCUUGGUGACGACGCCCUGCGCUGGUAUCGCAUGCGUGCUCGACAGCGCUGGUCACCCGAUCCAAACCAUCACGUCAAGCGAUGCCAUGGCGGACGGCAGCUUGGACGGCGUCCCGAUCGCCCGCGUCGAGCGCCUGCCCAAUGUUCCCGCAGUAGUGCUUCGCGACAAUGGCAUGACGAGCUUUGGGGACUUUAGCGUCGACGAAGUCGGGCGACAACUGCACCUCCUCGAACUAUCGCUCGUGAACCAAGCCUUUCACGCCCUCGGGAGCAACUUUGCGCUGCCAACGACUCUGCAGCGCUUAAACUUGUCGGGCACGCCGCUGCAGUCCAUCCACAACGUCACCUUUCCACCGAGCCUCGGCAGCCUGGACUUGAGCCACGCGCGGCUGCUGGACAUUGCCGUCUCGCCAGCGUCGUUUGGCGUGCUUGCAACACUCUCCACGGUGGGGCACAACGUCAGCAUUACGCUGCCGCCCACAUGCAACGGAACCGUACAGUCGCUGCUCGGCGGUACGCUCAACGUCUGCGUCUUGGCGUCACAGAGCGCGCCAAGUACCUUUGGCGUUGCUCCCGCAACGACGACGACGGUGGUGCCACCGACGCCCACGGACGUGUAUACCGUGUCUACGUCGAGCGGCGGCGAUACGAGUGCGACAGCGACGUCGAUCGCACUCGGUGUUGCCAUCGCCUUGGUCGUCGUCGUUUUGGUCGUGCUCCUCCGGCGUGCCCGGCGGGACCAGAGCGAUCACAUGGACACUGUCUACAAGCGCCAAACGACCCGGGGCUCGAUCGUCUCGGAGCACGACGUGCGCUUCGACGCGUCGAUCGCGUCGUGGCGGCUUCCACGCACCGACAUCCAGCUGCGCCGACUGGUCUCGACCGAUGCAAUGGGCGGGCGCUACGACGGCGUCUGGACUCCGACGCAGAUGCCGGUCGUCGUUCGUCAACUGCAAACGGGCGCCGACAUGGACCGCUUCAUGCAAGAGAUCCGCCUCUGCACGUCGAUGUGCCAUGACAACGUCGUCCGCUGCAUCGGUGUCUUUUGGAGCACGUCGUUUGACAUUGCAGUCGUCGAGGAGGCCUGUCCGCUCGGGUCUCUCUACGACUACAUGACCACUUGCGCCGGCGACCCCACCUUUGGCUGGACGAGCGUGACGGGCCUCGUGACGCGGCUCUCGAUUGCGCGGGACCUUGCGCGGGCGCUCAAGUACCUCCACUGCGAGAAGACACAUGUGCACGGCCAAGUGCACUCGGAAAGUGUUUGGAUUGCGGCCACGGGCGCGGCCAAGCUCGACGGCUUCCGGUCGGCGACGACGACGCGCGUGGCGACCGUCGCGCCCGAAGUGUGCGCCGGCGGCUGCCCGACGGUGGCCGCCGACGUCUACGCGCUUGGAGUACUCAUGUGCGAGAUGGACCACGGUUGCGCGCUCGAGGCGAAAGCCACUAGCGACGAGACGCUGCGCGACGGCCUCCAGGACAUUGCUGCCGGCUUCUUCCGACCUGCGCCAACGACCAAGUGUCCGUUGGAGAUUGCAGAGGUGAUUGCGAGCUGCGUGCACGUCGACCCGGCUCAGCGAAGCGCUGCGGCGGACGUGUACCGCCGAUUGUCAGAGUUCCACGAGUACUGUCAGCGCCACACGACCGCACUCCUCCUCUCGUCGCGGUAG